CCAUUUACUCUUUCAAAGCUUAAAGCUUUUUGCUUUUUGCUUUCGACCCAUUAUUACUUGGGUUGGUGAUUUGAAACCCUGUUAAAAAAAAUCGAGUCUUGUCGAUUACCCAUGUUGGGAGAAGAGAGUAACAACGCCGACACCGGUGUUCACUGGAGAGCACAUUCCAGAUCAGUUUCUUGGACGGACCAGACUCCGGUGGUCCGGAAACCGCCGCGAUCCCUUCAGCCUCUUUGCAUCAGGAAAGACAGCGUGAAGGAGUGGCCGAGCGCCGGCAGCGACGAUCUCGAGGUUUGGCUUCCGCCACCGACCCCAAGAGGGUCCACCAAAGGAUCAUCAAAUUUGGGUUCGGGUUCGGGUCAAGUUUUUCAGCUUAGGAGAGACAAGUUGGCUUUCUACGACAAGGAAUGUUCGAAAAUCGCGGAGCACGUGUACUUAGGAAGUGACACGGUGGCAAAGAACGAGGAGGUUUUGCGGCGGCACGGGAUAACGCACGUGCUGAAUUGCGUGGGGUUCGUUUGCCCCGAGUAUUUCAAAAGCGACUUCGUCUACAAAACGCUAUGGCUGCGGGACAGUCCCUCGGAGGACAUCACAAGCAUUCUCUACGACGUUUUCGAUUACUUCGAGGAUGUCCGACAACAGGGUGGGCGCGUGCUCGUACACUGCUGCCAGGGCGUGUCACGCUCCACCUCGUUGGUCAUCGCGUAUCUCAUGUGGAGGGAGAAUCAGAGCUUCGAGGACGCGUUUCACAUCGUUAAGAACGCGCGUGGCAUCAUCAAUCCGAACAUGGGUUUCGCUUGUCAGCUAUUGCAGUGUCAGAAGCGCGUGCACGCUACGCCCCCGAGUCCUAGUUCUGUGCUCAGAAUGUAUAGGAUGGCUCCUCAUUCUCCCUACGACCCUCUUCACCUUGUUCCUAAGAUGGUCAACAACCCUUGCGCCCACGCGCUUGAUUCGCGUGGGGCGUUUAUUGUGCAUGUUUCUUGUACUUUGUAUGUGUGGGUUGGGAAGGAGUGUGGCACGGUGAUGUGUUGCAAGGCGCGUCAUGCAGCUGCUCAGGUUGUUCGAUACGAGAGGGCGACUGGGGAGAUCGUUACCGUGGUUGAGGAUGAAGAGCCUGAGGAGUUUUGGGUUGCUCUUUCUCACAGGCAUGAAGAGGUGAAGAACGUUGAAACAAUGGAGGUUGAUGUAGGGAUUCAUCCCCGGAGAGUUGAGGAGUAUGAUUUGGACUUUGGAAUUUUUCACAAGGCACUUUCUGGUGGGGUUGUUCCACCCUUUUCUUUGUCCAAGGCUGGAUCAGAAAAUUGCCUCCCUUCUAAGGAAAAUGGGUGGGGGAGAUUGACUUGGAAAUUGACUUUAUCCGGUAGCUUCUAG